AUGGAGAUUGUCCUCGGUUGUAUGGAUCUAGAUACAGCUCUUCGAGAGGAGAAACCCACUUCCACUCCGAAAAAUCUCAAUGAGGUUAAAAUAGAGAAGUGGGAGAGAUCCAAUCGAAUGAGCAUCAUAAUCAUGAAACGCUCAAUUUCUGAGGCGUUUCGGGGCUCAAUUACUGAGGAUAAAGAUGCCAAACAGUUUCUAAAGGAUGUUGAAAAAUUCUUUACUAAGAAUGAAAAGGCGGAGGCAAGUAGUCUUUUGAGCAAACUUGUCUCCAUGAGGUAUAAAUGUAAAGGGAACAUAAGGGAGUACAUUAUGAAAAUGUCUCAUCUUGCUUCAAAAUUGAAAGCACUAAAGUUAGAGUUGUUUGAAGAUUGA